AAAAAUUUUGAAUCGCCUUAUUCUAUCAAAUUGAAAAAAUGAUUUGGAAGUUUUGUUUUGUUAAAAUCAAAAAUUGUUAAAUUUUUUUUAUUCGACUAUAAACCUAAUUUCCAGGUGUUUAGGGCUUCAUGAAUAUUUGUUGUCAAAAUUUUCCCUGAAUAAAAAUUUUGGAACUUUAUAUUAAAAAUAAUUCAGGUUCAAUGAUAAAUCAUUCAAAAUUAAUUAAAAAAAUAAAAACAAAUCAAUUUCGUGGGAUUUAUUUUAAGCAUUGAAGUUUUCAUUUUAAAAAUGGGUACAAUAGGUGAUGAAAGCUCGAUUGAAGUAGAAUUUAUUACUGAUGAAGUAGUUACACAUAUUAUUAAAGACACUAUUGUACCAAUACAAUCAAAGAAAAAACGCAACGAUGUGACUGCUAAAUAUAAAUCAGAAGUACCUUGUUCUGCAAAGAAAUCAUUGAGUAAUAGACCAUCUGAAUCAUUUUCACCAGAAAGUACAAAUAGUGAUAAUGUGGAGUUACCUUCUACUAAUAAACCAAAAGCUUUAUUUGAAGAAGGAGAUGUACCUGGUGCAUGCAUGUUUAGUUUUAAUUCUUCUAAACAAAAAAAAGCAAGUAGUCAAAUAACCAUUGCGAAGACUCCCAACAGUAUCAAGAAAGAGACGAGUAAUAUAAGAAAAAGACUUUUAAAUGUUAAACCUAAAGCUUUAUUUGAUGAUGACAAUGAAGAUAAUUAUGAUAACGAUAAAAAGAUUUCUACUAGAAGUAUUUCAAAGUUAAAUAAAACUACAUCUAAAAUUGUAUCAAUUACACAAAAUAAUGAUCUUAAUAAAAAAAUGAAAGUUAACCAGAACAGUUCUAUAAGUAUUGAUUCAAAUACAACCAUGAAAGCUAAUAAUGUACAAGUCACCAAAAUAAAUAAAAAAUCAAAUAUUGAAAUAGUUGACCAAACAUCAGAUAAUUAUGUAUCUUCUGAUAAUUUACUUACAAAAACGCCAAAAGUUGUAAGAAAAAAAAUAGCCAAAGAAAUAGCACAGCAAAAACUGGAGCAGUUAAGUGAGUUAAAUGAUACAGAUUAUAGCAAUAGUGAAAAAAGUGAUGAGAGUGAUAGUGAUUCAAGUAUUCAUUUCAAAAUUAAAUCUAACCAACCAGAAGUUGCAAAUAAUUUGAGAAGAUCUAUCAGAAAAAAAGAAGUUUCUUUUCUAUACAAGGCAGAGGAAUAUUUCCUUUCUAAGACUGUGAAAUCUAUGAAAAAAUCUAAAACAUCAGAUAAUACAUUAAAGUUAUUGAAAAAUCCUACGUUAGAAAAGAGCCAAAUAGAUAAAAUAGCUAAUAAUGUUAAUUAUAUGCACAAGGAAAAAUAUAAACAAUUAUACCAAGGAAUCACAUCAAAUUUCCCUUAUUGGUAUAAUUUAUUGAAAGAAGGUUUUAAUUUAUUACUUUAUGGACUUGGAUCAAAAAAGCAAUUAAUUGACGAUUUUCAAAAUUCCAUGUUAAAAGAUGAAUUGGUUAUAGUCAUAAAUGGAUUUUGCCCGGGUCUUACAUUAAAAGAAAUUUUGGAAUCAAUAACAAUUGAUUUAUUAGAAUUAGAAAAUUGUCCAGGAAGUGCAGAACUUGCAAUUCAACAAAUUGAACAAGCUCAGAAAUCAAAAAAUGCAGAUCAAAUUUUUCUACUUGUUCACAACAUUGAUGGGAAUGUACUACAAAAUUAUAAAGUUCAGCAUGUGUUAUCUAGAAUUUGUUCACUAGAAAACAUUCAUCUUAUUGCUAGUAUUGAUAGAGUCAAUGCUGCUUUAAUGUGGGACAAUACAAAAUUAGGUGAUUAUAACUUUAUAUGGAUGGAUUGCACUAGUUACAACUCUUACUCAGUUGAAACAAGUUUCAUGGAAUCUUUAAUGGUCAAAAAUACUGGAGCCACGCAUACCUUAUCAGCUUUAAGCAACGUCUAUAAAUCCCUAACUUCAAAUUCAAAGCGUAUAUUAUUGUUGCUAAUUAAAGAUCGUAUUGAAAAUAAAAAUGAUAAAAAAUAUGUUGGAGUUCCAUUUUCUAUUCUCUAUGGUUGGUGUCGUCAACAGUUUUUGGUCAGUACAGAUUUGGCUCUUAGAAGUCAAUUAACUGAAUUUGUUGAUCACGAGUUAGUAAAAUGGAAACGUGAUAGUGAUUUACUACAAAUCCUUUUAGAAGUCGAUAUUCUUAUCCAGUUUUAUAAACAAAAUCAAGAUGAUGAGGUUUAAAUAAAUUAUACUAUUACACACAG